UCCGCCACGUCAGCGUGACCAUUCGAGAGCUUCAUCCCCAGAGAGAAAAGAGAGAGCGCGCCCAGGGCAAAGGCGAGGGUGGAGGCGAGCAGCUGAGGCGCGCCUUCCACAAGAAUGGGGGGCGGCACGGACAAGAUCGGCGAUAUCGCCGGGCAUUUGCUCUCGGAUGAGUAUUGCAACAAGCAUCUCAAGGGGAAGCCGACGAUGAAGAAGACCAAGCAAUCGCUCUCCUGCUUCGAUCAGACGCUCCCAGUCUCGAUACAAAGGAAGGCCGGACGUCACAAUUUGUGUCGGCUCACCGGGAAGGAUUUGCCGUAUUGGUCUUCCAACAAUGAGUAUAGACAUAAGAUGCCGAAAAAAUAUCCCAGCGACUUUACACGCAAGGGAGACGGUGAAAGAAUCAAGCGGGGAGAGCUGCGUAAGGCUCCACCGAAGGCCGAGCCUCCAGUGGCUGGAGCAUACAAAGCUCGCGACAAUCCCCCCAACACUCUUUUCAGGAAGCUCUACGAAAGAGGUGACUUGCCGCUCAAAGUAGAUCACGGGAGCGCCAAGAACACCAUCACUUGGAAGCUCGACAUAAACAAGAUGGACUACCACCACUAUCUGCCAAUCUUCUUCGAUGGUAUUCGGGAAAAGGAGGAUCCAUACAGAUUCAUUGCUGUCAAGGGUUGUGAAGAUCUGCUGAAGGCAGGAGAAGGGAAAAUCUUCCCUGUAAUUCCGCAGUUGAUUAUUCCCAUCAAGACCGCUCUCAACACUCGGGAUCCAUCCGUGAUGAACAUCACUUUGCAGCUUAUGAUGAAGCUCGUCCAGUCUGAGAAAGACGUGGGGCAAUCUCUGGUUCCUUACUAUCGGCAGCUCCUCCCGAUCCUCAACAUUUUUAAGAACGACAUCCCAAACAUUGGCCACAACAUCGAUUACGCGCAGCAAAAAAAGGCUUGCACGGGAGAGCUUGUACAGAAAACUCUCGAGAUGUUUGAGCAACACGGCGGAGAGGAUGCCUUCAUCAACAUCAAGUACAUGGUGCCGACGUACGAGUCGUGUGUUAUUGGGUGAUUAGUCUUUCUUUUUUUCUGAGAUACAAAAUGUUUAUGGAGCAAUACAUUAAACACAUUUAACGAUGUUAUAAUAAUAAGUAAAUAAAUAAAUCAAGAUUUUCUUUUAA